AACCAAACUCUUCAACAAAACACCCAGGAGGAUUCUUGGUCUCCUGCCCAAGCCUUCAGCCACCUCCAGAGGAAGUGAGUACACUCUUGGUGGUGCCCAGGAGGAAUCCUGGGAGGCUGCCAGACAUGAACUGGCCUCUAACACGGACACAACAGGUACAUGACCUACCUGGGGGCAUCUGCAGCUACUGCCCACGGCUUCAGUUGCUGACAGACUGUUAUAGGUUAUAAAUUCCAUAGGGGAAUUUUUCUUCCCCUGCUGCACUCUAAGAAAAAACAGAGUGAGUGGGGGAAAGGAAGUUAAUUAGCUUUACAAAAGAUCUGGCCGAAUUCCUAGCUAAUGGUCCAUCAGAGAGGCUGGGGGGAGAGGAGAGAGAAGUUUUAGGAGGGGAGAGGCAGACGGCGGAGCUCUCUCUCUCAGACAGAGACGGGGGUCUGCGUGCAGGCAUUUGGAGAGAAGGACUGGGGAUCUGGCUUUUUGGCUUCUCAUCCUAGUCAGCUCGGACUACUGGCCUCAACUUGCCUGCAAGCUGUCUCUUGUCUCCAGCCCGGAUCUGCUGUGUUUCAUCGGAGAGUUGCGUGCCCACCGGGAGAAAAGGGAGGAGUUUUGAGACACCGUCAUCUGAGACAACAGAUUUUUCCCAGGACGUUCAAGCCCCAGCACCUCUGCUCUCCAGUUUGGGGGUGUCCCCCCACCUGUGACACCCCCCCAAGAUGAAAACCUGGAUCAGCAAUUCGGACCAAAACCUGGAAGUUUUCAUCCCGUUCCUGGGAAAAUACCACCGUCCGUUUUUGGGGCGCUGCUGCCAGACCUGCACCCCCAGGAGCUGGGAUGGAUUCUAUGCCGAGGAUCUCUCCACUCUGGGAUUCCGUGACGUCAGCCGUGUGACGGAGAGGGAUACACGGUUCCGGGGGUGGCUGGUCCGGAGGGUCUGCGGAUUCCUCGCCACCUGGGAAUGGGAAAUUCCAUCGGAGACCCCCAGGGAGCUCCCAGGGAAGAUCUGCGGCAGCAGGAGGGUGCAGGAUGUUGCCUCCAGCCGGGCCCAUGGAUGCGGAGGGGAUGAGGGAUCCCGGCGGCACUGGAAGGAGGAGAUCUGCCGGAUCCUGGGGGAAAUCCAGGCACCGCUGUCCCCUCUCCUGCUGAGGCUGUGCCACUGGAUGCUCCCCAAGCUGCUGAGCCGUCUGUUCCUGAGCGUGCAGCUGCAGCGGGGGCAGCUGGAGAUGGUGCUCCGGGCUGCCAGGACGCCCGAGGUGCCGCUGGUGUUCCUGUGCACCCAGCAAUCCCAGCUGGAUGGGCCGCUCCUGUCCUUCCUCCUCCUCUCGCAGGGCAUCGGGGCCCCCAGGGUGACAGUGGGCACCCGGAUCAGCCCUGGCCUCCGGUCCCUGCUGCAACGCCUGGGAGGGAUUUUCCUGCCUUCGGGAAUGGCGCAGGCACGGAGUGAGCGGGAUGAGGGGCUGCCGGGCGCUGUCCUGGAUGCGUACGUGCAGGAGGUGCUGCGGAGCCGCCAGCCCCUCGUCAUCUUCCUGGAGGAGCCCCUGGGUUUGCUGCAGCUCUCGGAUCCCGCCCGGCGCUGGCUGCUCCGGGUGCUGCGGGCGCUGCGGGACGGAGCCGUGCCCGACGUGCGCAUCGUCCCGGUGGGAAUUGCCUACGACGUGGCUCCCGGCAGAGCGGGGCGGGAUGGAGCGCCCCCUCAGCCCCUCGGGAUCGCCGCGUGUCUCCGGGCAGCAUUCCAGGCCCUGCGCCGGCCCCGUGGCUGUGCCCGGGUAGAUUUCUCCCAACCCUUCUCCUUACGGGAAUUUGUGGAGAACAACUUGGUGGGGCCUACGCUCAGCGGGAAUCGACCAGAGCAGCUGCUGCUUCCCACCAUCCUUGGCACGUGCGUGCCGGAUGUGGGGAAUGUGGGCACUUUGGGUGCCGGUGUGGGGACAGAAGAGGAGAUUUUGGUGACGGCGCUGGGGCUGCACACACUGAGCGCAGAUUCCAGCGCCUGCUCCGCCAUCAUGGCUGUGGGAAUCACCGCGGCACUGCUGCUCCACAGGCACCGGGAGGCCGUGCUGCUGCCCCGGCUGAUGCGGGAUUUCUCGGGGCUGCUGGAGCAGCUCCUGCUGCGGGGCCGGGCCGUGGGAUUCCGCGGGCAGCUGCGGGCGCUGGUGCUGCACAGCCUGCGGCAGCUGCAGCCCCCCGGGGCCGGGCUGGGGCCCCCGGAGGCCUCGGCACGGGGGCAGCUGGUGCGGCUGGCGGGGGGCGUCCGGCAGCGCCUGGGCGGGGAGGCGGCGGGGGCCUGUGCCAUCCGUGCCCUGCUGCUGGAGGUGCUGCCGAUCCUGGGGACCCCCUGCGGCCCCCCCGGGAUCGUGCUGAGCCGGGAGGAGCUGCUCCGCAAGAUCCUGGAGGUGCUGCUGCUGCUGCCCCCCAUCCUGCUGGGGCUGCAGCCCUGCCAGCCUCCCGAGCGCCACAGCCUGGACAUCCUGGACAAGCUCGUCCUUGGGGGGCUGCUGGAGGAGGAGGAGCCUGAGAGCGAGUGCAGGGGCUGCGACGUGGCCCCCCGACCCUCGUCCCGGGGCCAUUCCUGCUGGGACUUCACCGAUGACAGCGACAGUGACAGCGAGGACAGGGUCCCCAAGCGCUGCUACAAGGUACUGGGGGUCCCCCACCACCCCCUGGGCUGGGGUGAGGGGGUGUCCCCCAAAUCCAGCUGUGUGUCCCCCCAGCUCAGCGAGCCCCAGGGCUUCCCCGGCUUCCUCCUCUUCCUCUGCCGCCUCCUGAGCCCCGUCCUGCGGAGCUACGGCCGGGCUGCGGAAUUCCUGGAGAGACCCCCCUGGCCGCAGCCCGAGGCAGACUACGUGGAGGCGCUGCUGGAAUUCCUGAAUGAGGAUGAGGAUGGGUAUCUUGACAGGAGCCUGGCCCUGAGCUCCCUGCAGAGCUUCAAGGACAUGGGGGUGCUGGAGGAGCUGCAGACCCCCACUGGACCCCUCCUCCAGCUCUCCCAGCCUUUCCAGUCUGCUUCCAACCGGGAGAAGUUGAGAGCCUUCAUUCACCAGUUCACCCAGUUGUAACCCCCCGCACCAGAGUCAUAAAUGGGGCCCAGGGACCUGAUGCCUUGUGGAUUUAUUGACCCGGGGGGGCGGGGGGGAAGGUUCUGUCUCUCCUUCCCUCACCUGGGAUGGAAAAUUCCAUCAUUUCUGGUGGUGGUGCCCAAGACAGCUCCAACCAGCACAUUUCCCCCCAGCCCUUCUCUGCUCACUAACAGCAGGUCCAGUUUUCAGUAAAAACAUUGGGAUAAAUCAAACUCUCUAACACUAUUUUUUUAGUAUUAGAAAGCAGGCAUUAGUUUAGUCACAGUGUUGGAGUGCAUGGGGAUAGUUCCACUCAACAUACCUACCCACUUUCAAAACUUUUCGUUAUUUAUACAUUUUUAGCAAAGAAAUUCAUGUUCAUUGGUUAUGUUACAUAAUUCCCUUAAAUAAGUAAUAUUCUAUAUUCUAUUGAUUAUUACUUUCUCACUUCUCAUGCUAAUUA